CGGAGGAGUGGAAACUGGUGUCGCAAAAGGGUUUGGAAGGAGGGUGAAGGAGAGAGGUAAAUAGGAAAUUGCAGGUCCAUGCAACUAGCGAUGCGAGUGCGAGCACGAGAAUCAAUCUCGAUUAUCUUCCCUUCACCAUCUUCUUCUACCUCCAUACACACAGCCCUAGCCCCCUUCGCCACAGAUCAGUCGCCGCCUCGACGCCAUUUGCCUGAGCCUCCGUCGUCCUCCGACACUGUCAAUAGCAAUUUCUCCGAUCGCGCUAGGAAGGGGUCUAAUGGUAGACUCUCCUACGCACCACCGUGAGCGCUCCUUGCGCUCGCCUUCCACCGCCGCCUCCUCGUCGAACCGAACCUUCGAUUUCGCUCUGGAACUACUUGUAAGAGGCACAAGGGAAGGUUCAGCGACAGUGUUCCAGGACUCACAGCUACAAUUCUGUCAACACAAAAGCUCGUAGUGUUUCAAUGGAUUUUUAAUGUUUGAAAGCGAAUCCAGACAUGCUUCGUCACCAUUCAUUAAUCUUCGUGCGGAUUUUGACAUGUUCAGUUCGCAGUGUGCGUUAUGUCUAUGGCACCAUCCAUUCCCAAUGCGAAUGCGACGAGCCUUUGCUCCUACACUACUUAUCCAAUGGCUGCCACCAUGAAGCGCGAAACCUCCUUCAAAAUUCUUCUGGAGGUGACCUUCACGCACGCGUCGUUCGUUGGACCAAGCUACUCUCCAACUUCUCCCGCCACGGUUACGUGGCCGAAGCUCGCACACUGUACGACAUAAUGCCUCACAGAAACCUCUUCACUAGCAAUGUCAUGUUGACAGCGUACGUCCGUUCCGGCAUGCUCGACGAGGCUUCCCAGUUCUUUGAGACCAUGUUGGAGAAGAACGUUGUUUCUUGGACUGCCAUGCUAUGUGGGUUUUCAGACGCAGGGAGGAUCGAAGAUGCGAGGAAGGUGUUCAAUGUAAUGCCAGAGAGGAAUGUUGUUUCGUGGAACGCGAUGGUGGUGGCGUUGCUUAGGAGUGGGAAUUUGGAGGAUGCGAGGAUGGUUUUUGAUAAGACUCCUUUCAAGAAUGUGGUUUCGUGGAAUGCUAUGAUUGCGGGGUAUGCUGAGAGUGGUAGAAUGGACGAGGCUAGAGAAUUGUUUGAGAAGAUGGAGUUUAAGAACGUGAUUACUUGGACUAGCAUGAUAUCUGGUUAUUGCCGUGAGGGGGAUGUUGAAGGUGCUUGUUGUUUGUUUCGGGCUAUGCCGGAGAAAAAUAUUGUUUCUUGGACUGCUAUGAUUGGUGGGUUUGCUUGGAAUGGCUUGUAUGAAAAGGCAUUGCAGAUUUUUAUUGAGAUGGUGAGAGUUUCUGAUGCCCAACCCAACGGAGAGACCUUUGUUUCUCUUGUUUAUGCUUGUGGUGGUUUGGGUUUUUCUUGCCUUGGCAAACAGGUACAUGCUCAACUUAUUGUUAACAGUUGGCGGAUUGAUGAUUAUGACGGUAGGUUGCAUAGAGGUCUUGUUAGGAUGUACUCUGGGCUUGGUAUUAUGGAUUCUGCUCGCAACGUGUUUGAAAGUAAUUUGAAAGAUUCUGAUGAUCAGUGUUUCAAUUCGAUGAUAAAUGGUUAUGUUCGGGCCGGUCAGUUGGCUAGAGCUCAAGAGUUGUUUGACAUGGUACCCACUAGGAACAAGGUUGCAUCGACUUGCAUGAUUGCUGGCUAUCUUAGCGCUGGCCGAGUACUGGAGGCUUGGAAUUUGUUUAAUGACAUGCCUGAUAGGGAUUCCAUUGCAUGGACUGAGAUGAUUUAUGGUUAUGUGAAGAAUGAGCUCAUUGCUGAAGCCUUCUUCUUAUUUUCUGAGAUGAUGGAUCGUGGUGUUCCUCCUAUGAGUUCUACAUAUGCUGUUCUAUUCGGAGCUAUGGGUUCAGUUGCAUAUCUAGAUCAAGGGCGGCAAUUACAUGGUAUGCAGUUCAAGACUGUGUAUGAAGAUGAUUUGAUUCUUGAGAACUCUCUAAUUGCAAUGUAUUCAAAAUGUGGGGAGAUAGAUGAUGCAUAUAGGGUAUUCUGUAACAUGACUUGCCGGGACAAAAUUUCUUGGAACUCCAUGAUCAUGGGUCUUUCAGAUAAUGGCAGGGCCAGUGAAGCUAUAAAAGUGUAUGAAACUAUGCUUGAACAUGGAAUUUACCCUAAUGACCUUACAUUCCUGGGUGUCCUAACAGCAUGUGCUCAUGCGGGUCUUGUUGAUAAAGGGCGGGAGUUUUUUAUUGCCAUGGUUAAUGCUUUUGCUAUUCAACCUAGCUUGGAGCAUUGCAUCAGUAUUAUCAAUCUUCUGGGUCGAGCAGGAAAGGUGAAGGACGCAGAGGAGUUUGUUUCGAAGCUUCCUGUUGAACCAAAUCAUGCCGUUUGGGGGGCUCUAAUUGGAGUGUGUGGGUUGAGUAAAAAUGAUACAGACGUUGCUACGCGUGCAGCCAAACAACUGUUUGAAUUGGAUCCUUUCAAUGCGCCUGGGCAUGUGGCUCUUUGUAACAUAUAUGCCGCAAAUGAUAGGCAUAUCGAGGAGAUGAGAUUAAGGAAAGAAAUGAGGUUGAAGGGUGUGAGGAAGGCACCCGGAUGUAGUUGGAUAUUGGUGAAGGGGAAAGUUCAUAUUUUCUUCUCAGACGAUAAAUUGCAUGCGUGUCUUUAACUUGUAUUAGGUGUCUGACUUUCAAAAUCAAGUCAUAUUUCACUGCAAAUUUCAAAUA